ACUUUCCUUUUCACUUCCCCCAAAUCGCACAAAGUUCUCACCUUUUCUCUUCCCCCCAAUCUUAAUCUUUACUUACCCACACACCCUUCAGAUCAAGGACCUUAAGACUGUGAUUGAGCUCAUGGCGGAGACCAAGCGCUAUGGUCUUGGGAAUCAAUUGGAUAUUCAGCAAAUACUCUUAGAAGCUAAGCAUCGAUGGCUACGUCCAGCUGAAAUAUGUGAAAUUCUUCAGAAUUAUAAAAAAUUUCAUAUAUCUACAGAGCCUGCAAGUACGCCACCUGGUGGAUCACUUUUUCUUUUCGAUCGAAAGGUGCUGAGGUAUUUCAGGAAAGAUGGUCAUAACUGGAGGAAGAAAAAAGAUGGAAAGACAGUGAAGGAGGCCCAUGAGAGGCUCAAGGCUGGAAGUGUUGAUGUGUUGCACUGUUACUAUGCCCACGGAGAAGACAACGAAAAUUUUCAAAGACGCAGUUAUUGGAUGCUUGAAGAGGACCUCUCGCACAUUGUUCUCGUCCACUACCGGGAAGUAAAGGGAAAUAGGACAAAUUUUAAUCAUGUUAAAGAGACUGAAGGUGUUGCCUAUUCCAACGGAGCUGAACAAAGUGCACGCCAGUCUGAGAUGGAGAAUUCUGUUUCUUCUAGUUUCAAUCCAAGUAGUUAUCAAAUGCAUUCUCAAACUACAGAGGCGACAAGUUUGAGUAGUGCACAGGCAUCAGAGUUCGAAGAUGCGGAAUCAGCAUUUUAUAACCAAGCAAGUUCACGGUUGCAGCCUAUGGCUGAGAAGAUUAAUUCUGAGUUUGCUGAUGCGUACUAUCCCACCUUUUCAAAUGAUUUUCAAGAAAAGUUGUCAACCAUUCCUGGGGUGGAUUUUAGUUCACUCUCUCAAGCAUAUAAGGGGGAGGAUAGUAUUCAUGCUGGAAUAACCCAUGAGCCCAGGAAAGAUCGUGAUUUUGCAUUAUGGGACGAUAUGGAAAACAGUGCUACUGGCGUUCAAUCUUUUCAGCCAUCAUUUUCAGCAACACAUUCUGAUACAAUGGGAAGCUUUCCUAAGCAAGAAAUUGAGACAAUUGGACAUCUUUAUACAGACAGUUUUGAUAAAAGGCUGGUCUAUGGGAUGGAAAAUAGACCAAAGGUCCAACAAAGUUGGCAGACCUCUGAAGGAUCAUCAAACUGGCCUAUGGAUCAGAGCAUUCAGUCACAUGCACAAUACAAUGUCACCAGUAAGCUCCAUGAUGGAGCCGAUGCCACUGAUUUACUGAAGUCAUUGGGGCCUUUCCUUAUGGAUUCAGACAAGCAAAAUGACCUUCAAUUUCAUCUUUCAAACACAGAUUCUAUUUCAAAGAGAAAUGAUAUCAUUGAGGGAAAAGCUGAUUACCCUUCUGCUAUUAAGCCUCUUUUGGAUGGGGCGUUUGGUGAUGGACUGAAGAAGCUUGACAGUUUCAAUCGAUGGAUGAGUAAAGAACUGGAAGAUGUGGAUGAGCCACAAAUGCAGUCCAGUUCUGGGGCCUACUGGGAGACUGUUGAAAGUGAGAAUGAGGUUGACGAGUCCAGUGUUCCCCUGCAAGUACGCUUGGAUAGUUAUAUGCUGGGGCCUUCUCUUUCUCAUGACCAGCUCUUUAGCAUUGUUGAUUUCUCACCAAGCUGGGCAUAUGAAAACUCUGAAAUCAAGGUUUUGAUCACAGGAAGAUUUUUGAAAAGUCAACAUGCAGAAAGCUGUAAAUGGUCUUGUAUGUUUGGGGAAGUUGAAGUUCCUGCUGAGGUUAUAGCAGAUGGUGUUCUUCGUUGUUAUACUCCCAUACACAAGGCUGGAAGGGUUCCUUUCUAUGUGACAUGUUCCAAUAGGCUGGCUUGUAGUGAAGUAAGGGAGUUCGAAUACCGAGUUGCCGAAACUCAAGAUGUUGAUUGUAAAGAUUAUUACAGUGAUUUCUCAAAUGAAACACUCAGUAUGCGCUUUGGAAAUUUUUUGACUUUAAGCUCUACAUCUCCAAAUUGUGAUCCAGCAAGUAUUGCAGAGAAUUCUGAGGUGAACAGUAAAAUUACUUCUCUGCUGAAAAAUGACAAUGAUGAAUGGGACAAGAUGCUACAACUUACGUCAGACGAGGACUUUUCCUUGAAGAGAGUGGAGGAACAGCUACAUCAACAGUUACUUAAAGAGAAGUUGCAUGCAUGGCUCUUGCAAAAGCUGGCUGCUGGUGGUAAAGGCCCUAAUGUUCUAGAUGAGGGUGGCCAAGGUGUGUUACAUUUUGGAGCCGCGCUUGGCUAUGACUGGGUUCUAUUGCCCACAAUAACUGCUGGAGUGAGCGUCAAUUUUCGUGAUGUGAAUGGAUGGACAGCACUUCAUUGGGCAGCCUUUUGUGGCAGGGAGCGCACAGUUGCUUCUCUCAUCUCCCUUGGUGCAGCUCCUGGAGCAUUAACAGAUCCAACUGCCAAAUAUCCUUCAGGAGAAACACCUGCAGACCUAGCUUCUGAACAAGGACACAAAGGGAUUGCUGGUUAUCUUGCAGAAUCUGCUUUGAGUAAACACCUUGAAUCUCUUAAUUUGGAUAUUAAGGACGGAAAUUCUGCAGAGAUAUCAGGAGCAAAAGCAGUUUCAGGUUCUAGCAGGGAUGGCGAGUUGACAGAUGGGCUUUCCCUGAGGGAUUCGUUAACUGCUGUCUGUAAUGCGACACAAGCUGCUGCUCGUAUUCAUCAAGUAUUCAGGGUACAAUCAUUCCAAAGAAAGCAGUUGAAAGAGUACGGUGGUGAUAAAUUUGGAAUUUCAAAUGAAAGGGCACUAUCACUUAUUGCAGUCAAGUCGCAUAAGGCUGGGAAACGUGAUGAGCAUGUGGAUGCUGCAGCAGUACGAAUACAAAAUAAGUUCCGUAGUUGGAAGGGUAGAAAAGACUUUCUGAUAAUCCGACAACGGAUUGUCAAAAUUCAGGCCCAUGUAAGAGGUCACCAGGUGAGGAAAAACUAUAAAAAGAUAGUCUGGACCGUAGGAAUUGUAGAGAAGAUCAUCCUGCGUUGGAGAAGGAAAGGAAGUGGGCUGCGCGGUUUCAAGCCAGAACCUCUUACUGAGGGACCCAGCAUGCAAGUUUCAUCCACUAAGGAGGACGAUGAUGAUGUACUGAAAGAAGGAAGAAAGCAAACAGAGGAAAGGAUGCAGAAGGCACUUGCUAGGGUGAAAUCCAUGGCUCAGUAUCCUGAAGCAAGAGAUCAAUAUCGUCGACUUUUAAAUGUUGUCACUGAGAUUCAGGAAACAAAGGUGCUGAAUAGUUCAGAAGGGACAUCAGCGUAUAUGGAUGAUGACCUCAUAGACAUAGAAGCGUUGUUCGAUGAUGACGUUUUCAUGCCUACAGCUACUUCGUAAUCACUUAAGGUUCACAAAGCCCUUCUGUAAAAUCUGAUUUAUUAGUUUACUAGAUAUAGUGUCAAGUAUCAACAAAUGGCUUUGGCUUUUAACUUAAACUUCUCGUGUUAAUAGACCUGCAACUGCAAUUUAUAUAACCAUCCUUCUAAAGGCUUUUGGGUUGUCUUAAACUCUUAAUGUUGUUACGUGUACAAAAGAGAUCUCUGAAUU